UCACACAGACACACAGACACACAGACAGACAGAGAACAGACAUCUGGCAGCUGUUUCUUAUCUCUGAACUUUGACUCAUAGACCAUCAUUGAGGGAAACGGAGCAAGGAAAAAUAGAGGAGAGUGGUCUUGAAUUUGCUGAUUUCAGUAUCUGUACAUCUAGGAAACAAGUAAUCCUUAUUUAUGCUGAUGACUGCCAUGUUUGGCUCUGUGAUUUUGCUCGUGUGUGUCCUCGGAGGCCACGCUCUGGACCUGCUGAGAGCGGCUGUAACGUCAGCGAAUCCUCCCCCCGCUCCCACAGUGCACUGCUGGUGCGCGAGCUACCCGAACAUGACGCUCUGCGCGUGGCCCGAACCUUCCCACGCGCCACUGACGCGCUACAUCGCUACAUACAGUGAGAGACAUGGGGAGCCAAUCACAGAGCAGUGCCAUCUCAUCCCACCCGGCUCUUCAUCCUCAUCCUCAUCUGAGCAGGUGUGGCUCUGCCAAAUGCUAAACCUGAAGCUUCUGACCAGCUACAUCAUCAACGUCACAGCUGUUUCCUCUGCUGGAAGCAGCUCCUAUCUGGCCAGUUUUAUGCUGGAGGAUAUAGUGAAACCAGAUCCUCCAGUGGACGUCCAGGUUUCCCCUCGUAACACCAGAAACCUGUUGGUGGAGUGGUCUCCUCCUUCCACCUGGAGCCACCUCAACAUCUUCCCCCUCAAAUACCAGAUCAUGUACCAGUGGGAGAACAAGGGCACCCCACAGUCUGUCAACCUGGGUCCGUUUGAGAGCACAAAGGUGGAACUGAAGGGUCUGACCCCGGGGAGGUCGUACCUGUUCCAGGUGUGCGCCAAAGAGCUGCUGGGUCUGGGAAAGUGCAGUCACUGGAGUUCACCGGUGAACGUCACCAUCCCACAAGCCAAGUCAUAGACACUUCCUGUCACACACACACACACACACACACACACACACACACUGGGCUGAAUCGACCGCACAAACAAUGCAAGCGAAAUAUGUUUUUUGUUUUAUUUAUUUAUAAAGUAAUUUAAUUUUU